GAGAGACAGAGUAUUAGUAUUCAGAGCACAGGGAGGGAAAAAAGGCGAGGGAGCGAGGAACCGAGUGAGAGAGUGAGAGGGAGGGGAUAGUGAAACAGAGAGGAGGAAAAAACACAAGGAGGGGGUAAAAUAUAAGGGUAGAACACAGAAAACGGGAGUUAAGCGCGGGGAGGGAAGAUAUAACAUACUGUUCAUUUCCUUCUCUCAGUCUGCCAUCCCGGUUGCGGGGCUUAUUGCUCGGUGCGUCUUCGAGAGAAGAGAGGGAGUGAGCGAGAGGAGGGGGUGGACAGAGCAAAAGAGGGCGGAAUGCCCCUUUACAAGCGUCGCAUCUGACUGAAACAGCGGAGAAGCUAGUAAAUUGGACAGAGGGAUACAGUGGUUUCUGCAACGCCAAGGUUAUGUUGGAGAGCUUCAAAAGACUCUCCGCAAAUCCGACAGUGGGUGCAGAUCAAUGCUGAAGUGCUGGCAGGACCACUAAAACUGAUGUGUUGCACUGACCCAGUUGGAUCCAGAUGACUAAGAACUACACUCUGUUCCUAAUGGGAAGUUAAGAAAAAAGAGCCACUUGUCCGCAGGGCCCCCUUUCUGGUCUUGGAACCGUUAGGAAAAUAACAAGAUAAAGGUUAUGCAUGCACUGCAGGCAUAAUUCCUUAUUCUUCUGCCAAAUCUAUUUGCAAAGACAAUUUUAGAUGUAGAGUGUCUCUGUCCUGCAAAUUCAACAUGGCCCAGAACUUCAACAGUCAAGUUCAAUAAAGGGAAAGAGAGAGGGGUGGGUGACGCUGAGUCAUACAUGGGCACUCUGUGACCCAGACCAAGGCCACUGGCAGAACCCCUUGUUCCUUUCUUUAUUGCCGGCAGCUUCCUCUGCCUCCUCACUCAGUUGACAUAUUUUGCAGAAGGUGGACAGGCCAACAUUCAAUUUACCAUAGCGCCGACCGAUAGGUGAGGGCGGCGAGGGCUGCGCUGUCAUUGGCUGACUGCUGGUGAGAGUGCAAUGCGGAUUGGAGGAUGUCGGGGGACUGGGAUGAAGACCUGUGUAAGAAGGCGCUGGUGUUGGUGGAAGAACUGUGCUUCAACUCCCCAAGAGGCUACAGCCAAAGUGAACGCUGCCAGGAGUUCAGUUACCUGCUGAGAGGUAGCAACAGACAGGACACAGAGAUCUCUGUCAGCCUGCUGUCGGUCAUUGUGACAUUCUGUGGCAUCGUCCUCCUCUCCGUCUCGCUCUUCGUCUCCUGGAAGCUCUGCUGGCUCCCAUGGAGGGACAAGGAGGGCGGAGGCCUGAGCCUGACGUCGGGGCUGCUGCCCGGAAGUGCAGGUGUCGGGAGCCUUGGAGGCCCCGGGGGCUCCUCACUCUUACCCCCCCUGCUGCAGAGGAAGGAGGGUCACUCCUCCUCCUCACUCUACCCCUCCCUGGGCCAGCAGGGUCAGCACCACCCCCAUUUCUCUGACCUGGUGGGAGUGGAGAGGGGGGAGGUCGGUGGUGUGGUGGGGGGGCCACAGGACACCCAGGAGCCGUCCUAUCUGGACAUGGAUUCCUACCCCAACAAUGCAGGAACUCUGAAGCUGAGUCAGACGUCUCCAGACGUCCCUAACUCAGAGGUUGGAGCCCAGCCCCAUAAAGACCUGCCGAACGCCCAUUCCCAGCAGCAGGUCACCUCCCGGCCUAAGCCCAUGACUCACCAGCUCUCCAGCCCUGAUUUCCAUGGCGAGGAGAAGGAGCAGGUAACCAGCAUUGGGCAGAUCAAACCGGAGCUCUAUAGGCCCAAGGGCGACCUGGGGGACGGCAAACCGGGCGACAACUGCGGCAAAAUCAGCUUCCUCCUGCGUUACGCCUUCAAUACGGAGCAGUUGGUGGUGAAGAUCCUGAAAGCUCUGGACCUGCCAGCAAAGGAUGCCAACGGCUUCUCUGACCCAUAUGUAAAGAUCUACCUACUGCCAGACAGGAAGAAGAAAUACCAGACCAAGGUCCACAGAAAGACCUUGAACCCGGUGUUCAAUGAGACCUUUCAGUUUGGCGUUCCGCUGAGUGAGCUACAUUCCAGGAAGCUGCAUUUCUCUGUGUACGACUUCGACCGCUUCUCCAGACAUGACCUGAUUGGCCAGGUAGUGGUGGACAACCUGCUGGACUUCAGCGAGGGCAGCGGGGACAAACCCGUCUGGAGGGACAUUGUGGAGGGCACAGCGGAGAAGGCUGAUCUCGGGGAGCUCAAUUUCUCGCUGUGUUACCUGCCCACUGCAGGCAGGCUCACUGCUACAGUCAUCAAGGCCACCAACCUCAAAGCCAUGGACCUCACUGGCUUCUCAGAUCCGUAUGUGAAGGCCUCUUUGAUCUGUGACGGGCGAAGGCUAAAAAAGAGGAAGACUUCCAUUAAGAAGAACACACUGAACCCCACAUACAACGAAGCGCUGGUGUUUGACAUUCCCAAUGAAAAUAUAGAAAGUGUUUCCAUCAUCAUUGCGGUGAUGGACUAUGACUGUAUUGGUCAUAACGAGGUUAUAGGGAUGUGUCGUGUCGGCAGCGAGGCUGAAGGACCAGGAAGGGAGCACUGGACAGCCAUGCUGGCCAAUCCACGCAAACCAAUAGAAAAUUGGUAUCAGCUUGUGGAGGAAAAAGCGAUUGGUACAUUUGUGUCGAAGACUGCUCCAGAAUCCUCCGCUAAGCCGAACAUCGUGGUGGACAGUCCUCACUCUGAUUAAAACUGUCUUUAUCAUCUCUCCAGCUCCAGACUUUCCUUUCUUUCCGCUCAUCUGUGAAUAAUUCUCUCCAUCAAAGAAAGAGAGACGCGGAGACACUGCUAGUGUCCUACUGCUAGUGCUGUUUUGCUCCUGCUAAUGAAUUCUUCAAGUCCUGUGCUGUCUUUACCAAGCCGGGAGAAAAAAAACAACAUCCAUCCCAAGCUACACCUUGAGCAUCAGACUUUAAAUUAACAAACACAUGCUAACACUAAAUGGUACAGUAGGAGUGAUUUCAGGUGUACAUGUGGGAUCUAGCAAGGGAACAAAAAACAUAUAACUCAUACACACAAACACACACACACACACACACACACACACACACACACACACACACACACACACACACACACACACACACACACACACAGAGUUUGUAGUAUGUGCAUAGUUCAUGUGUGCUUCAGAUUAGUCUAGUAUUUCAUCUAGGAAGAGUGUGCUGUGACAAACAUUUCUUUUUUGAAAAGAAAAAAAAAAGGAAAGCCAUCCUAAAAUGGAUGUUUCAACCAGGACCAAAGGUUCAUGCCCUUGUACAGACUAUAAAAGAAGAAAAUCACUAUGUCGAUAUUUUUCUUUGCAAUAUUUGUGUACAGUAUAUGCCGUACUGUAUGGGAAAAAAUCUCACGUAGUACUUAGCAGGACGAAACAUUUGAGAUGGAUUCUCCCAGCCCUUUUUGGAUGCCUUCUCCAGGCUCCACGUCCUAUUGUUUAAGACUUAAUUCGCUUAUUUUCCCCAGAGGAAAGACGACAAAGCGUCCAGUGGUAUUUAAUGAUGUCAGAGGAGGGAAAAAUGAGGACUGACUCAUUGGUUUAAGCAUGUUACGCAACCUUGAAAUGUGUCCCUCUUCUUUGUGCUUUUUGUCACCAUUAUUAUGGUGCUCAUCAGUGUCAACAUUUCUAUCAUUACUUUUGCUUUGUCUGUUUGAUACGGUAAACACAUAACCAUCAGAAAAGGAGUUUAUUCAUGCUAUUUUUACAAUCCACUGAGGAUACCGUGGUGUGAGCUUCCAGUAGACAUGGACUAUUUGAUCGUCCUCUGCAUUUUGGCCAAACUGGCAGACUUUUCCGAAUGUAGGACUACACAGGUUGAACGAAACCUGCGUUUAGGAUCGGACCAGCAUCUGUUUGGAAUGCACUCGCUAGAGGAUGUAUCCAACAGGGAAGGAUAUCACCACUCUAUUUGAUUUUUCUAUCAUUCCAGGAUUCUUUUCUUUUCUCAAGAAGUCAUCAUCCAGCUUCAACUAAAUAAAUGACUAUCUUCAAGUCCCCAUCAUGCCCCUUACAAGACUUUAGAAGGACACACACUUCCGUGUUGCUUUUAUUAGUGUGUGUUUCCGUGUUUAUGGGCGUGUUUGUUUUGUAUUUGUGCGCGUCUGUGUGAUUGUGUAUGCCUGUGUGUCACUGUGACCUUGUGUGUGACACGUCUCUUUGCUCGCCCCCGCCCUCGUCUUUUUUCUGUCUUUGCCUCCCUCACUCCCCAAAUCCCGGCAUCCAUAGACGUAAACGCUUGUCUUGGAGCCAAACGUGUCUUCUGUCCCGUGUCUUUACAAGGAGCCAUUUUGUGUGUGUGUGUGUCUGUGUGUGUGUGUGUGUGUGUGUGUGU